AUGGGUGGCACAGAUUGCUCUCCUGUUACGGGCUACAUCGACCCGAACUGGCCUCGACCAGGCAGCAGUGACUAUGUCUGUAUCAUUAUCGUCGGCUACAUCCCGUCCUUCGGCCUCGAAGUGACAGCGGUUGCACUAUUCACGCUCGCGCUCGGCCUCCACCUCUGGUUCCAACUCUGGUACCGUCCUUGGUUCUUCAGCACCGUACCAGUCGGCACGGUGAUGGAAAUCGUGGGCUAUGUGUUCCGCAUCUUGGCUUCGAAACUCAACCCCUACGCGGUGUCGUACUUCGUGGGUCAGUAUUUCUGCAUCGCGGUCGCGCCAGUCUCCUACUUGGCCGCCAUCUAUGCUUUCCUGUCGGUGAUGAUCACCCGAGCCGGACACAAAUACGCGCCCGCCCCGCCGCGAUUCAUCCUGUGGACGUUCAGCGUCUGCGACAUCAUCGCCACUGUCGUUCAAGUUCUGGUGCUGGCCUCAUCGGCUCCGCGUACUCCAAUGGAAAAGACCCCAACGGCCCAAAUCACAUCUUACUGGGGGACAUUUAUAUACAAGGCUCAAAAUGCCCUCGGCCCAAGGCUGCGCGUCUUUGCGAUUGCGACUUUCAUUGCGACAGUCGCCAUGUAUGUCCGCACAAUCAUUCGUCUGGUGGAGACGGCGGAGGGACUCCUGAAGUUUCUCUCCACGCACGAAGCCAUCUUCGCCUGCUUGGAAUUUCUUCCCAUUCUGGCUGCGGUGUUCAUGUUCAUCGUCUUUCAUCCUGGAAAAUGCCUCGCCCCGGCUCGAACCGCAGGCAAGGAGAGGGACCCUUUCCUUCCAUUAUCCAAUACUUGA